GGAGCCGCCUCUCUCCUCUCCCACUCCUCACUCAUCUACUGCUCUGUGGAACAGUGUUGUUCUUCCAUUUUCUUCUUUACUGCAAUUAACCGCCACUCGAACAGCAACCAUGUCCCAGCUGGAGACAGCCAUGGCCAUCCUGAUGAAGACCUUUGACACAUACGCUGCUGGUCAGGGAAAAAAGGACACCCUGACCAAAGCUGAGGCCAAGACUUUGCUGGAGAAGGAGCUGCCCGGACUGCUCAAGGCAGCAAAGAACCAACAGGAGGUGGACAAGCUGCUGAACGGUUUGGAUUUUAACGGAGACUCUGAGAUCGACUUCAGUGAAUUUGUGGUGAUGGUGGCUGCCCUGACCUGCGCCUGCCACGACCGCUGCUGCAAGAAGUGAGCAGGCCGAACGCACCCUCGGGUGGGGCCAACUGGCAGCAACAGCUCCAUAAAAUCCCUGUAGCAACUGUUCUUUGUAGCGGCUCAAUAAAGUGAUUUAUUUACCUGUG